CGUUACAAGCGAAAGCCGAAAUGCAAGGGAUCGAACACAACAGGAGAAAAGUUCGCGGACUGCGCGUGAAGGAAACCAUACGACGGAGCGAAACGACGAAGAAAGGCCGCGCACGUCCCUCACUUAAGGUGUGGAGGAAUUUUUGUCAGAAUGGGAUCCUGUUUGCCAUGGUUGCUCAUAACCUCCUUGGUAAUUUUGGGAAUUGCUGGAGGACUGACAACAUCAUGGGCAUACUUUAAUUUUCCAACCAAUGAGAACUCCUCUUUGGUUCCCCCUGAAAACAAGACCUACACUUCCCGUUAUGGAGAGAAACGUCUCAGUGAUGAGUACAGGGAAUAUCUGCAGGAUACAGUCAAUAACAGCAACUACUUUAAAGACUGUCGACUCUAUGUUGUUACUCCAAGUGGCAUUAAUGCCUUGGUAUCAGCUGUCUUGGUUGUAGCUUGUCUUGUCUCCAGGAAAGUCACUUCCACCACUGCUGUACUACAUAAUGCAACAUGUCUCUGGGCUGUAAACAUGGCAGUGGCAGUAUGGUUCCAAUAUGCAGCACAAGAUAUGAUAUAUGGACAUGAUGACUUCAAAGAGACCUUCUUCUUGAUCCUCAGUAUUCAUAUUGGCCAGUUGCUUCUGUUGACUCUACAGGUAAUUGAUGUGUAUAUUAUUGUUUGAAUAUAAAUUAAUAUA